AUGGCUCCAGAAGCGUCUUCCGGGAGCUAUCUCAUCGCCCGCGCGCUGCGCGACCUGGGCGUCACCGUCAUCUUCGGCAUCGUGGGCAUCCCCGUCGUCGACAUCGCCGAGCAGGCCAUCAACCUGGGCAUCCGCUUCAUCGGCUUCCGCAACGAGCAGGCCGCCGGCUACGCUGCCACGGCAUAUGGCUAUCUGACGGGCAAGCCGGGCGUGUGCCUCGUCGUGGGCGGGCCGGGAGUGCUGCACGCCAUGGCCGGGGUCGGCAAUGCCCACGCCAACGCCUUUCCUCUCCUGCUGCUUGCUGGGUCCAGCGAAACCCACCUCGUCCACAAGGGCGCCUUCCAGGAGCUCGACGCCGUGGCCCUGCUCGCGCCGCACACGAAGCUCGCCGUCCGCCCGCCGAGCCUGGACGCCAUCCCGCAGAGCAUAGAAACGGCGUACCGGUCGUCGUGGUACGGCCGGCCGGGCACGGCGUUUGUGGACCUGCCCGCGGAUAUUAUCCAAGGCACGGCCGCCGCCGACGACGCCCACGACAUUCCGCAUGCGCGCCUCCUGCCGGCACCGCCUCCCAGCGCCGGCGACAGCGCGCGCCUGUUCGCCGUGGCGGAGCUGCUGCGCUCGGCCAAGGCCCCGCUCGUCGUCAUCGGCAAGGGCGCCGCGUACGCGCAGGCCGAAGUCGAGAUCCGCGAGCUCAUUGAGCGCACGUCGCUGCCGUUCCUGCCCAGCCCCAUGGGCAAGGGCGUCGUGCCGGACUCGCAUCCGCUGAACGCGGCGUCGGCGCGCUCGACGGCGCUGCAGCACGCCGAUGUCGUGCUCGUCCUGGGCGCGCGCCUCAACUGGAUCUUGCACUUUGGCGAGGCGCCCAAGUGGAACCCGGCUGCGCGCUUCAUCCAGGUCGACAUCGCGGUCGAGGAAGUGGGCCGCAACCGCGGGGACCCGGAGACGAGCAUCGUCGGCGACCUGCGCAUCGUAGUGCCGCAGCUGCAGCAGCAGCUCUCGAACUGGCGCUACAACGCCACGGACUCUGCGUUUGUGAAAGCGCUCACAGCCGCGCGCCGCAAGAACGAAGCCAAAGCCGCGCAAGCCGCAGCCACACCCUCGCAGCCCCUGAGCUACGCCCACGCCUUCGCCACCAUCAAGCACACGCUGCACAAGCUCUCGCCCCCCGCCGACGGCGCCGUCGUCUACGUCUCCGAGGGCGCAAACACCAUGGACAUCAGCCGGUCGGCGUUCCCAGUCGAGCACCCGCGCCUGCGCCUCGACGCGGGCACGUCCGCGACCAUGGGCGUCGGCCUGGGCUACGCGAUCGCGGCGCACGAGGCGUACAACAGCCCUGCAGCGGCAGCAGGCUUGCGGACCGCCCCUCCGUCCCGGAAGAAGAUCGUCGCCAUUGAGGGGGAUUCGGCGUUUGGGUUUAGCGCGAUGGAGAUCGAGACGAUGGCGCGGUAUCGCAUGGACGUGCUGGUGUUUGUGGUCAAUAACGGCGGCGUGUAUCACGGGGACAGUGACAGCGCGGAGGAGUGGGUGCGCUUGCAGGAGGCUACGCUGAAUCCGCAUGGGGCGGCUGGGAAAGACGGCGCAGAUCCGUCUUCGCGACAACCCCAACCCCACCUCCGCAGCACAAGCCUCGGCUACGAAGUGCGCUACGAGAAGCUCGCGCAAGCGUGCGGGGGAUUGGGCUUCUUUGUGCGCACGGCAGAGGAGCUGGCAGCCGCUACGGAGGCGGGCUUUAAGGCCCGGGUGCCGGUCGUCGUGAAUGUGGUUGUCGAGAGUGGCAGGGGCGGGAAGCUCGAGUUUGGGUGGCAGGCUGCUGGUGCGAAGAAGGGGAAGGGGAAGGAGGGGAGGGGUGGGAAGAAGGGGGGGGAGGCCAAGUUGUAG